AGAAGUGCAGCUUGAGUCCCAAACAGCGGAAACGCCACCAAACCUUUUCAUUUUCAGUAACUAAUGAGGAGUAAAGAGGCUCAAACUGGACAGAAACGCCUUCAGACGGUGGCCUGUUGGCCUCCAAACAGAUGCUUGAUGUUGACGUGGUUACAUGCGGUCUGACAUGUUGCUCCUCGCCCUGCAUGCAGCCUCUCCCGUGCUCUCGGUAUGUGGACAGCUGCCUGCCACUAACACAGCCCCACUAUCCCACAUGGAGCUGCAAUCUGAGGGGCAUUUAAACUUUAAAUGGCCAAAGCUGACAGCUGGCUGUGGGAGGGCAGAGGAACAUAUAUGCAGCCUGAGCUCCGGAGCAGCAGAGCGAAGCAGAACCUGCAGGAGGUCUGUCCACGUCUUCUGUUCAAGCGUUUGGUUCUGAUCCAGUCAUGGGUGCCUUCAUCGCCAAGAUGCUGCUUCCCACCGUCAGCAGCCUGGUGUUCCUGCCGGCUGCCAGCGUGGCUGCAAAGAGGGGCUUCCACACCGAGGCCAUGGUCUACUUCUUCACUAUGUUCUUCACUGCGAUUUAUCACGCCUGUGACGGUCCAGGCCUCGCCAUCCUGUGUUUCAUGAGGUACGACAUUCUGGAAUACUUCAGCGUUUACGGCACGGCGCUCUCCAUGUGGGUCACACUCACAGCUCUGGGGGACUUCGAUGAACCGCAGCGCUCCAGCAUCACCAUGUUUGGAGUCCUGACCAUCGCCGUUCGGAUUUACCAGGACCGUUGGGGCUACGGGAUUUAUUCUGGACCAAUCGGCUCGGCCGUCUUCAUCAUCACUGUUAAAUGGCUGCAGAAGAUGAAGCAGCUGAGGGCGGUUUACCCAGAGAAGACCGUUUACACGCAGCAGGUCGGCCCAGGCUGCUGCUUCGGCGCUCUCGCUCUGAUGCUGCGCUUCUACUUCGAGGAGUGGGAUUACGCCUACGUCCACAGCUUCUACCAUCUUUCUCUGGCCGUGUCCUUCGUGCUUCUGCUGCCGAAGAAGAACCGCUACGCGGGGACGGGAGACAACGCCGCAAAGAUCACGUGUUUGACCCUCUGCUGCUGCACCAUGGCCCCUGGCUCUUCCAAAGCAAAGACAGAGAAAACAAAGAAGAAGUCGUCUCGGACAGUGUGGACAGUCCCCACAGAGAAGCUGUGGCCUCGAGCGUCCAGCACCCCCACCCUCCCGGUUUGCCACCCGCCGCCCUCCACGCCCGUCAAAGGGACGAGCAUCAGCAAGUUGAAGGAGAUGAACGGCUGGAAGUGAGGCCUGCUCGCUCGGACGGCUCCACAUGCUGGAAAGUCAGCAGACACCCGUCAGGACGCAGGAAACCAGCCGUCACGCGGACGUCGGACCCUCCUGUUGGCUGCUGGACCAUUUAAGCAGGAUGCCAGAUGAGAGACAGACAGAAGCCACCUGAGGAGGAAGCUGAAGUGAGCGAGAGCUCGGAUCAGAACCCAGGACUCACACAGCAGCGUCGAGACAAGCCUGUAAACCUGACAGCGGGAUUUAUGAGACGAUCAGACCAGCAGAUGGUUUAUCUCUCCAAGAUGUAUAAAUUGUGUUUAGAGAUGUUGCUCUGGGGAAAACGUGGCCUCUCCUCGUCCUUCUCUUUCCAUCUCGCACUGAAAGGAAGCGCAGCUUCUCAAAGCUUUUAGACUGUAAAGCAAAGUCGGGCCUUUUGUCCUGAAGGUGCCAGAGACGUCUUUCUGUCCAGCAGGUGGACUCUCUGUCUGUUUGUUAAAGCUUCAGUGUUUAUGUCUGAUUUUAUAGUUUUAAAUAAACUGAAAUACUGACUCUCCUUCAGAAGAUGUUUUCAGUUCUCCCCCCCCUGAGGACAGCUCCGUCUGCCGCAUACUUCAGUCACUCUAAUCUAAUUCUGAAUGAGCAUAUCUCCUUUCCCAGGUUCUGGUGCACUCACGUCACCUGUCCUGAACUUGACCCAAAGUCUACAAACCCGUCCCGCUUAUCUCAGACAAAACAGACUCCGUCCAAAGUGAGGGCCGGCCUCCCCCUCCGGCGGGGGAAUGUGAGGAGCCGGGGCCAAACCGCCUGCUCCUGAAAGGUGUUUGUGUCUGGGCUGGGGGAGCCGGCCCGGCCCUGACGGGAUGGUAACACGAGCCUUUUAUUGCAGCGGUGUGAAAAGCUAUUCAGCUGCUUUACGAGCGAGCGCUGUCUGCGCUGCAGCGAGGCCCACACACAGCCAGGACUCAGGGAAGCCUUCUCUGGAACGCCGGACGUAUGGGGGGAACUUUGCUCCAACAUUGCUGUAAAUGGAAAUCUGAAAUCAAACUUUAGAAGAGCUUGUCAUGGUCUUGGUUCUGUUUAGGUUUUCUUUAGAGUUUUCAGUUUCACUUUGAUCCAUGUUUUUCUUUGUUUUCUAGUUCCGUUGGUGUAAUUCAUAUUUUCUGGUGUUUUCUGGAUGUAUUUGAAUUCUUAGGUAUUUCUUGGUUGUGUCAGGUUUCUGUUUCUGUUAUGUUUUUCUUUUGAGUAUUCAGUCUUACUUUACUCCUUGUUUUCUAGUGUUUAGUUUUCUU